GCCUGAAGCUGUAGAGAUUGAGUCAGAAAUGGAAAUAGGUCUGAUCCCUGCUGCGGAAGCAUCAGUGUUGCCAGUGCCAGAUGAUCAGCUUAACAAUAAGCGGGAGGGCAACGAAGACCAAGUCACUCCUGGUAUCCCAGCAAGCUGUGUGUCUGAAGCUGUAGAGAUUGAACAGUCAGAAAUGGAAAUAGGUCUAAUCCCUGCUGCAGAAACAUCACUGUUGCCAGUGUCAGAUGAGCAGCCUAACAGAGAGCUGGAGGACAAUGAAGUUGAUGAACACAGCUGUAGCUAUGAUAGCGAGUUGCUGAAGAGAGAGGCAUCAAACCUGAGCAAAGAUGAUUGCAUGGAUUUGUCCAGUGAAGAUAAUCACCCAAAUGACCUACCUGCUCCGAAAUCUCCUGAACAAUCUGCAUUUUUUCAGAACGAGAAUGAUUCUGGUUCAGUAGGUAUCAUAUUGUUUCUGAUCUGUUCACAUCUUUGGAUAUAAUGUUUUUCUCAAUUUCUCAUUGAUGUAUUUUGUUCCAUCAGGAAUUGGCCGGUCAAAGCCGUAGGCAAAGUGGUAUAGCUGAAAUCCGUGCUAAGCUGCAGAGUUUCAAAUUUUCCAGCACUGUAAAAGGAAGCUACAUCGCUAUGAGCGCCCCUCGUCCGAAGCCUGGGGAUAGUAUGAGUCAAUCUGCAAUUGCGCUGCUUAGGAACAUAGAGAACACAACUGCUGCUAAAGCUGGCCAUCCUGUCAAGCCGAACGCUGAUGGUAAGGACUCGUCAAGGCGAGCGCUGCAGCCCAUCAGUGGAAGGCCAAGGGAGCACUGACAUAUGGUAGGUCGGGGUUCUUUUGUUAACGUACUGUGUUUGUGUUCAAACUUUGGUUGAAAGUUAGGU